AGUGGCCCCUUUACAUCUGAGAUGCUGAACUUGUUUGGAAGAAGAGAAAACUCAGUGGCUGUGGUGCACAGAGAAAUCCCUUCCAAAAUAAUGUUUUCAUCUCCUAAAGAAUUUAUUACUCAGAGAGUGACUGCCUUUUUUAACGUGUGGACCUUGUUCCGACAAGGCAGGAUGGUGUCUUCAAGUUAGUACCUCAAGGUUUGUAAUUUUGAAUACAUUUUGGAUAUUUCUCUUCUUUUCUUAGGGUCAGCUCUAUAUUAAUUACCCACACUGAAAGGCUAGAAAUUGCUGUUAUAGACUUUUGAUGUUAAAAACAUUGCAUUGUUAAAUUGAAUUAUAAAUAAUUACAUUUUUAAAAGGCAUUUCCACAAUAAAUACAUAGCACAACUCCAAAAAAGGACUGCUGAAACAAUGAUGCCUUUUCCAUAGCAACACGCCAACUCUCCAAGUCUCAUUUUCAGAUUUCCUGUUGAGAAACAAUUCUGACUUAACCUGUUUUUUUUAAAUUACAGCAGUGUACUUUUUGCCACUUGGGUUUUUAUACUGCCAAAGCACCUCAAAUGAUGGUCAAAAAAUUGUAGCAGCUCCAGGGAGAGCGGUAUUUGAUUAAUUUGGAGUUUAUAAAACUAAUAUUGACUUGUGAAGAUGUGCUGGAGGUUUUCUCCACAAGGGCUAUUACAAAAGGGACUCUUACUUAGCACAACAUUUCUUCCCUAAUCAAACAAAAUAUGAUCUUUAUGAGUAUAUCAUUGCUCUCUGCUCCAAGUAAUGAGGAGGACGCCACUAAGUCCACGCAGUGCUGUCACUGUGAUGGUGCUUGGCAGGCAGCAGUUCCUUCACCACAAAUAAGCUAACAAUCACCUCAUUGGCUUCCACUUUAACAACACUCCCACUCAGCAGCCCAUUGUCAAGGAAACCGUUUUAUUCUCCGUGCAGUUCCGUACUUACAUUCUUCUCUUGAGAUUAUUAAAAUGAGGUCCACUGAGUCAGUUUGCUGAGUCAGUCACUUUAUACUAGGAUUGCACAUACAGAACGUUGCCUGUGAUAUGAGACCCUCAUGAAUAUGUAAGAUUAUAAUGUGGGGUUAGGCGUAAACUGAACAACUUUAGAAACCUCUGGUGAUAUUAGGGUGCAUCUUAAGUGCCCUUAAAAAGUUUGCAUCAUGGAGCAUUAAAAAAAACCUCUGCAAUGCACUGAGAAGUGAUGCAGAUUAAGACAUUGUUGGUUGUAUUUAUAUCUUAAUUUCAACUGCUAACAGCUCAGCUUCGGCUUUCUUUGGUUUAUAUAAGUUACAGUUUCGAAAUGGCAUUUAUCAUAAAUAAAGGGUCAUAUUUAGCAUUCAAUGCUGCAUAAAUAUAAGCAAAUUGUUAUUUAUAUUAGUGCCAUUCAAUUUAUUAUAUAAAUGACCAAACAAUCACUAUAUGUGAAACAGGACAGCUCCUACACACUGAAAAAAAUAUACAUUUAGAAAUGUUAAACUCUGAGACGAUCCAUACACCAAAAGGACAAAUUCAAUUAAUUUUAAACACUGAAUUGUUAUUGUCCUCCUUGUAUGAUGUACAGUUAUAGGUACAGCAUCUACCUAAGUAAAAAAAUAAUAUUAAUAAAACCCAAAUUGUGUUAAUCAUCAAGAGUGUCAAUGAAAUGACAUUAUGUCUUACAAAAUAGAUAAAUCAUAAAGGAUUACUGACAUGACUACACAACUCAUUGUCUCUAGCUUUAUGUCAUAGUGUGGUUCCUAAUAAUAAAAAGGUCAGUUUGACCUCUGAUUAAUCCUCUGCAGUUACGUCCCCCUUCUUGUGAAAAUGGUUUAUCCUAAAUGCUAUUUUUGAAAGUCUAUCUUUAACCACGUUUAUGAAUCCUACUUGGACAUUUUUGCAACGUAUCCUCAUUAUUGUGUGGUAGAAAUAUUCUUCCUGUAACGUUGCUUUGCCUGAGGGCAAGUUCAAUUUGCAGGCGCAGCAUGUGAGACAUUUGCACAAGUGUCACUUUUCGGUCGUUUGCUGGAAUCAUCUAUGGAUUAUUAGCACACCGAGCGCAGAAUGUGUCAUUUUUGCGGCUGCUUAACGUUUCAAAGAAAGCAUCCAGGAAUUGUAAGCAGACCGUGAUGUGUUCUUCUGGCUGGUGUAUAGCUGCACUGUACAUCAAAUCAUAAUUAUUUUUAUUUAUUUGUGUAUUGAUUGUCAGGGGUUUAUGGUAAUUAUAUAAAAGUAUUCUCUAUAUUCUUAUGCUAUUGCUAGAUAAAUACUAUCUUUUUUCUGCAGCUCUUUGUCUUUUAAGCUCAGUCAUUUUCGGCAAGAGAAUGCAAUGUUGCGUAAAAAAAAUCUAAAUGUCUGUGCAUUAUAUUCGCUCUGUUAAUCAGUAACCGUGUAAAAUGAAACUAGGACUGUUUAUGAGCAGACAAUGGGGUUUUGGGAAAAGGUUGUUUUGUAUUGAAAUCCUAUGCCGUAUUUUGUGGAAUGUAUUGCAGUGCCUCGUGAUGGAUAUUAGACCGGCAGAGAAAGUAGUUUGGUAAAUGAUUAUUUUGACUCCAUGAAUGUGACUGCUAUGUGUGUGUUUGGCGGUUUGUUUGUUUAUUGAGUGACUGUGUUCGUUACAGCUGCUGCUUCUUAAUUUUGUGAUAUCUGACUCUGGCAUGGUAAAAGGCAUGACAGCUGUGGAGACUAUGAACAAUAAAGGCAACAUGACAAAGUCGUUGAAUACAGUGUAGCAAUUUGUAUCAACUUGGAAUAAAAGAAACGUGUCCACGAUGAAUUUUCAAUAGCUGAAAACAAAAAAGUGUGUCGAAUGCACAGCGGAAUGUUCAUUCUUUGCUACUCCCACCCAACUGCUUUGUUGUCCAUCAAUCGGGAGCUUGUUUUCACCAGGGAUGACUCACAUUUCAAUGUACCCCCCUCAACUAUUUAAAUAACUACCAACAAAACUAUUCACUGCGCCGAGGAUUCUCCCGAGUAUCUGAUUAUAAUCCUUUAUAAGGAUGUGAGAAUGUCUCAGUAACAUUUGUUGCUCAUCUUCAGUCUACAGGCUUGUAGAAGGAAUAGUUAGUAUCCAAAGAAGGCAAAGGAACUUCUGGGUGGUGAUUUGUUUGACUUAGUCCUCUAGGACCUGCAAAGCUCGUCCUGACCAUCACAUAUAAAGCGUGAGGCCUUUUGCGCUUGCUGACUCUGGAGUGGAUCAGAAGCAGAGUGGAGCUUGAAGAGGAUCUUUAAGAUGUCCAAAGCAAAGGCUGCACCCCCUCCUGGGUGCACUCUGAACAUUAGCGAUCCACACGUCCAGGAGGCAGCUAUCCGAAUCCAAGCGUCAUAUCGUGGACACAGGUCACGGAAAGAGCUGCGGGAGAAAGGUCCUCCAAAGAUCCUGCAGGAGCUCAAGGAUGUGGUCCUCGUUGAGGGGAGCGCCGCAAAGCUGGAGUGUAGAGUUAGUGCAUUCCCCGAUCCUUUCAUCGUCUGGUACAAGGACGGCAAAGAACUGAAGGAUGAUCCCAAGUACCGCUACGUGUUUGAAGACCCAGAUUUUGUGGCCCUUGUGGUGCGAGAUGGGGUUCUGGCCGAUCUGGGGAAAUACACGGUGACCAUUAAGAAUCCUUUUGGACAGACAUCGGGAUCUGCUUGUAUUCUAGUGGAGGUCCCUGCUAAGGUUUCCAAAGGGCCAAAUAACAUCAAGGGCAAGAGGGGGACAACAGUUGUGCUCAAGGCUGAGAUAAGUGGAGAACCUCCACCAGAUGUCGCCUGGCUCAAAGAUGGAGAUGAUAUUGAAGAAGAUGACAGGGUGUUCUUUGACGUUGGAGACACCAACACAAUCCUGACGAUCAAAAAUGCGAAGUCGUCUGACGCCGGAAAGUACGAGGUGUUCGUGGAGAACAGUCUAGGCACAGACCAGUCGUUUUCCCGUGUGGACAUCCUCUAAUGUGUCAUCACUGAUACAACAUUUAAAUUCUAACACAACGAGCCUACACGUCCUCUUACGGUGCAAUCCAGUGGACAAUUGACUGUAUAUUACUUGAAUCAUGCUCAUCAUAAAUAAAGUCGAAGUUUUUCC